AAAGUAUUGAAAAUGACAUUUCAUUCUGCAUAGCUAACCUUUAUUAUUUUGGGCGGGUCUGUUUGGACACUAAAAACUGUCAUUACUGCCUUGCGGCCCGGACUAUACUGGAUUGGUAAGAGUUUUAACCUGGAUAUGGGCACGUGACUGAGCGGGCGGGUCUGUUUUUCACACCUGUCCGCAAUUCCAGUGGCGGGGGUACCUCGCGGGUGUGUGUCCCUGUGUCCCUGAACUCCUUGAAGAGAGGGACGAGAAAACGGGUGGACGAAAAUAAUGGACUGGUAACAGGAACUAUCCCGGAAUAAUGGAAUAUUGUACACGUGGAUGCAGGUAACAGAACCACCAGCCGCAGGACAACGGCGCGUGAGUUUGUCAGACUUUACGACGAGGGAAAGUUCCACGCCUCCCUGAAACCUUUAAUUCCAAAGAAAGUUGAUGGAUAUGGAUUUUAUUUAUGUCAGUAAUUAUAUCCCCAUUAGCCAUACUGCCUGAAGAAGUAGCUAGUCUUCCAGUGCUCACUGGCUUUAGUGGAAUGUUGUCUGUAUAACUUGCGCUCUAGUUGUUUAUUGGAUUCUUUCCAGCGAGUCUACAGUAGUCAUGGCGUUAUCUCAGAUAAAGUGUUUGGACGAGAAUAACGUGAACCUACGGACGCACGAGUCCAAACCGGAGUUCCUUUAUUCGGAGGAGCAGCGGCUUGCACUGGAGACGCUCCUCCGGGAUGGGAGCGAGGCUUUCACUAAAUUCCUGCAAGUGUCCGGCCUUCGGUGCUUCCUAUCUGACCAAGAGGUGGACAGCCUGACCGGGGCGGUGCAGGUGUACGACCCGGGAUCACAGCUCCUUCAGGCGGACUCCGACAGUGAUGACCUCCCGCUGUCUCUGCAGUACUGGCCAGACAUGUCGGACUUCUCUCUCCCGCGGCUGGACCUGGGCUGGCCGGACUGCGCUGCCUACAGGGGGGUAACACGCGUCACCGUGUACACGCAGCCACCGCUGGAUGGCUUCGUGCACAUCAAAGAGGUGGUUAGGAAAAGCAUCGGGCAGGCGCAGAAGUUGAUUGCAGUAGUAAUGGACCAGUUUACUGACGUGGAUAUCUUCCGAGACCUUUUGGAGGCAGGCUUCAAGAGGAAGGUGUGUGUCUACAUCCUGUUAGAGAGAACAGCAUUACCUCACUUCCUGUCCAUGGCUGAGCGGUCUGCCAUGCACCCUGGCCACCUAAAGAACCUGCGUGUGCGUGUGACAGGUGGAACCGAGUUCUUAAGCCGGUCGUGUACCAGGGUUAGAGGACGGCUGGGCCACAGGUUCCUCUUUAUAGACGGAGACAAAGCUGUGUCUGGAUCAUACAGUUUCACCUGGACAGCAUCUCGUCUGGACAGACACCUGGUUACCAUGGUAACGGGCCAGGCAGUGGAUUCCUUCGACAGGCUGUUCCGUGACCUCUACUUAACCUCCAGCGAAGUUGACCUCCGCAGGGUUGCCGUGGAGAAGGAGCCGGUGCCGGAGCCCCUCCCCCCAGCGCCCCCUGUAGCUCAGCUCUCUGCCGUCGACGCCAGGAAGCUUUUCAGCCCAAAAUACGCCCUGAUGACAGGCCAUGCUACAGCUAGAGAGGCUAGCCUCGCCUCAUCCAGACAGAACACCUCCCAGAACUGCCUGAAAACAAAGGAGCGUGUCAGUGAGCCAGUGCAAGACCCGCCCCUCCACCUGGGAUUGGCCUGUCUGGAGAAGGCGUACCUGAUUCCAUACUUGCCUACCUGGCCGGAACCUGACCCCCCCAGUGACGUCAUCGGGUUCAUCAAUGUGCGAGACCCGUCGCGGCCGACCCAGGUGCACCUUCAGCGCUCCGAGAGGUUUGAGACCAGCCAGGCCAUCCGCUUCAGCAGUCCGGUCACACGGCCCACAGUGGAGCUGCCACCUGACUUGGGAGCCAAACCGCCAUCUAACACCCCUCCACACACUGCUGCCUGCCUUAACUCACACAGCCCACGUCGUUCCGUCUCUAUCCUCGGCCCACAGUCACCUGCUGAGGACAAACCAGCACUGUCUCAGUUAACACCACCCAGAUCUCAGUUAACUCCGCCUCCCACCCCCCCGCCCACACCUCCCUACACCUCCACCGUCUCCUCCUCCUUCCACCCUCAAGUAGUCCCACCCAAUCUGCCCAUCCCCAAACCUCGGACGGUCCAGUUCAUGGUGAGUGAUAGGAGAGGCUGGGAUCUUUGUGGUGUUAGAGUGGUCACGAGGACAGAAUGGGCUGCCCCGGCUCCUCAUGGUGUAGGCUGUGAGAGCACGGCACGGCCACAGAGUGGACGCGAGAUGGGGGAAGUGCCGCGGAUACGAAGCGCCUGUACAGUUACCGUUGGCGAACUGACGGGGCACAAUCAGCCACCACCGGAAGAGUGUGUGUCCACACCACAACCACAGAAAGACCACGUGAAGGGUUUGGAGACCAAAACACAACCGCUGUUGUGUGAAGGAAACCCUGGUGUGAGGGAAACCAGGACUGAAGAAUACUUUGAGACUGCAGAACAAACCCCAGGAGGCUUUGAGGGCGUAAAAGGAGCGAACACACCUGGCAGACAGGCACACACGCAUGACAGAGUCCGGAGUACACACUCUCCUAAGCUCCGAACCCCUCCUCCUGUCAGGGAGGUGUGUCCCGUCUCGCCUCCCUCGGGUGACUCUAACGCGUCAGUGGCUUCAGAGGAAUAUUACGAGUGCUGUGACUCUUUACUGGCGGAGCCGGGCUGUAACCUGCUGGCCAACGGGCUUCCCUGGGCGCCUGAGAAGAACCAGAGCAGAACCAUCACAGACACAACCGCUUCACACGCAACUGCCACAGAUAGUACAGAUAGAACACCUCCCGCGGUCAGCAUGGACAGAGAGGAGACGCAUAGUUACCAAACACAUGAGAUGCAUUUGCCCCGUGAUAGCAGUAAGUUGGAACAAGAGACUAACAGCCUCCUAGCCCAGGCAAUAAACGUAGCUAAAAACAGUCUGCUACCACAAAAAGCUAACAAUCGGCUAAAAGAAGCUAACAAUCAGUUCACACAAGAGAAACUGCAGUAUGGUAAUCUGUCUUCAAAGGAACUACAAGAAUGUGACCGACAGUUAACAUUUGGCCCCCGGAGGGCCCAUGAACCAAUAACCUCUCAGACGAACUACGGCCCAACAGUGGAGAGAGAUGACGACGCUGAGAAAGCUGGCACAUUUAACCCUGGCUAUGCACUGCCUAAAAUGUCUCCUGGUGCAGAGCACACAAAGCUGGUGAGACCUGCAGAGACAUUAUAUACCUCCCCCGGCCCCAGAUACAGAGAGACCGAACUACAGUCUGAAGACAUGGAACAGCCCGGACUUGAACAAGGACCUGCAGAACUACUCAGAGAAAAACCAGCAAACAAACCCACUGACAGACUUACAGACAAACCAGCAGAGAGCCAAUCAGACAUACCAGCAAAGAGACAAUCAGACAUACCAGCAAAGAGACAAUCAGACAUAGCUGAAAAUGGACCAGCAUGGAGAACAAAAGAAAAACCAGCAGACAGACUAGCUGAACGACCAGCAAAGUUUCUGGCAGAUAGUCCAGUUGAGAGACCAGCAGAGAGUAUAACAGAGAUACCAGCAGAAAGUUUAAAAGAGAGACCAGCAGAGAGACCACCAGAGACUCCAGCAGAGAGUCUAAAAAAGAGACCACCAGACACACCAGCAAAGAUUCUGAAAGAGAGACCAGUAGACAGUCUAACAGAGACACCAGCAGAGAGUCAACCAGAGACACCAGCAGAGACUCCAGUGUCUUCAAGUCCCAAAAGUGGAGACAAGCUCCGGAUGAACAGAGACACAGGCAGACGGAAGCCUCUCCGAGCCCCUCCCAGGCCCUCCAUCAGAGGACAGCAGGAGGACCAAUCAACCAGCCCCUCCUCCACCAGAGCAUUAGCCCUCUCCAAAGCCACCCGCCCCCCUAAAAGAGUCUCCCCUUUCCCCUUCCAGCUCUCCACCCCCCCACAGCGGAGGCCCGGGGCUGUGGGAGAAGGCAGGCGGUAUGGGGCCAGUCCCCAGAGCCUUGAUAAGGCCUCUGCAGGCCUAGGUGGAGGAACCCCUGCUAAACUUCCUGCCUCCUCUUUACCAGCGAGGAAGAAGCAGGCUGAGACGACACCUCUAGUAGCACAGGGCAGGUCCAGAACGCACAACCAGAGCAACACACCGCUGCGCACCCCCACCCAGUCACACUCCCCUAGCCACACAGAACCAAACCCCUCCAACCGGUCACACACGGUCAAAAUGUCACAAGCCCCCAUUCUCACCGAGCACCAAGUCCUGAACUGUCAUCAGCUCCAGCUCCACACCAAGACCUCUCCGGCCCAGCUCCCCCAGCCCUGCGGUGCUAGGAAGAGUCCCGGCUCUGGGUCGCCGGGUCAAGGCGAUAGUGGCAGAGCUCCGUUUGGGCUCUCAUUUGCUAGGCUGCAGCAACUAAGGAGCAGGAAAGAGAGAAUCAACAGAACACCACCAACGAAGAAGACCUCCACAACACAAGGGGACUCUGCCCAGGGGACUUUCUGAACCUGUGAAGUCAUUAAUGAAGUGAUCACCUGGAUUCACCGGACAGAACUGCUGCUUCCUUACACACUCCCUAACACCGCUGACUCCUCACAAACUCCCUCACACUGCUGCUUCCUUACACACUCCCUCACACUGGUGACUCCUUAAACACUCCCUCACACUGGUGACUCCUUAAACACUCCCUCACACUGGUGACUCCUUAAACACUCACUCACACUGCUGACUCCUUACAAACUCCCUCACACUGCUGACUCCUUAAACAAUCCCACACACUGGUGACUCCUUACACAAUCCCUCACACUGCUGACUCCUCAAACAAUCCCUCUCACUGGUGACUCCUUACACACUCACUCACACUGCUGACUCCUUACAAACUCCCUCAAACUGCUGACUCCUUAAACAAUCCCUCACACUGGUGACUCCUUACAAAUUCCCUCACACUGCUGACUCCUUAAACAAUCCCUCACACUGGUGACUCCUUACACACUCACUCACACUGCUGAUUUUCUUACACACUCCCUCAUGCUACAGAAGAUCCACUGUGAUCUGCUCAGGUCCACGCAGACUCCAAUAUCACCACAUUCACCCCUUACUUUUUCAGGUGUGAAGCCCUGCACAGUCCUGCACAUGCCAAUGAGGAUGUGAAGCCCUGCACAGUCCUGCACAUGCCAAUGAGGAUGUGAAGCCCUGCACAGUCCUGCACAUGCCAAUGAGGAUGUGAAGCCCUGCACAGUCCUGCACAUGCCAAUGAGGAUGUGAAGCCCUGCACAGUCCUGCACAUGCCAAUGAGGAUGUGAAGCCCUGCACAGUCCUGCACAUGCCAAUGAGGAUGUGAAGCCCUGCACAGUCCUGCACAUGCCAAUGAGGAUGUGAAGCCCUGCACAGUCCUGCACAUGCCAAUGAGGAUGUGAAGCCUUGCACAGUCCUGCACAUGCCAAUGAGGAUGUGAAGCCCUGCACAGUCGGGAGCAGAAGUUUCCAUUGAACAGUUUUUCUGUCCUGGCCAAAAACCGCAGUGUGAGUUCAGUGUAAAAUUUCUGAGUGUGGUGCUGAUGUUCUAGAGCUGAGAAGUACAGAGUGGAUAUUCAUAUUUAAUAAUGCUCUAACUGUGUUCAAUGUUAACCUGAUCCUGAAUCGCGGCAGAUUCUUUUUUUUACCAAGCUGGAAGACCAGGACACAUUUAUCUGCCACUGUUUUUCACUAAAUUCUGUUGCAGGUAGACAGCCAAGGAUUAUUCAAGACCCAGACAAAAUGAGUAUAUUGUCUGUGUGAUCAGAAUGUCUUAAUCUGUGACACAUUAAACAUGAAUAAAGCCUAGUGUCAAACACUAACUGCACUCCCAUACCAAAGCCUCAUAUAUU